AUGAAUUAAUUUGAUGAAUAAAUAAUUUUUUAAAACGAAAAAAUAACAUACGAUUAAAUCUAUAAAUUAAAUGGAUAUUAAUAAAUAUCGAAUGAAAAUAUUCUUUAAAUAAUAUCAAAUGUUUUGACAGAAAUAACAUUAUAAUGUGAUAAACUACCUAUUUAGUUUAUAACGAACUUUCAUGGAAAAAAUAUUCCAAAUAUAUCAAUAAAUGAUUAUUUGUUAAGAAUAAAUAAAUUAUCAGGUUGUACAUAAGAGUGUUAUAUAAUGGCUUUAAUUUACAUAGAUCGAAUAACUGAAAGGCAUAAAAAUUUUUUAAUAAACAGCUAUAGUAUACAUAGAAUUAUAAUAACAUCAGUUAUGAUUUCAAUAAAAUUUUAUGAAGACAAAUAUUAUAAUAAUGAAUAUUAUGCGAAAAUCGGAGGAAUUUCAUUGCAAGAAGUUAAUUAAUUAGAGAGAGAUUUUCUUUAGUUAAUUAAUUUUAGACUUUAUAUAAAUCCUGUACUUUUUUAUAACUAUAGAGAAAAAAUUUUAGAUUCUGGAUGA